AUGGCUUCAAAGUCUAAACACGUCAAGGUCGUCAUACGAACUAGACCAACCUCUUCGUUUGCUCAAGAUAUAAUCAACUUUGGCGAUGACAAACUGAGUCUGCAUAUACACAUUCCUAAAAACGAAGAAUGGGGGUUUAUCAACAACCAGCAGGAGAAUUGGGACUUCAAGUUUGAUAAUAUCAUGCACAAUGCUUCGCAGGAGGCGGUUUACGACCACUGUGGUGGUCCCAUCAUCAAAUCUCUUUUAGAUGGCUAUAACGCGACCAUCAUGGCAUACGGUCAAACAGGUGCCGGAAAGACUUUUACAAUGACUGGUGCUUCUGAAAAUUAUAAGCACAGAGGAUUGAUUCCACGGGCAAUUUCGCAUGUGUUUCAUGAGAUUGCACAACGUCCAAACUUUUCAUUCAAUAUACGCAUCUCUUACCUCGAAGUGUACAAUGAACAAAUGAUUGAUUUGCUUGCAUCUAUAUCUGGCAAUCUCAACAACGAAAGUUUGGCUGUUGUUGAAGAAAAAAGUGGGUCAACAUACGUCAAAGGUCUUAAUAUCCAAAAUGCAAACAAUGAAGAGGAGGCACUUAACUUGCUGUUUGAGGGUGAAACAAACCGAUCCAGAUCCGAACAUCAACUCAACAAAUGCUCUACCAGAUCUCAUUGCAUUUUUACGCUGUAUAUCGAGUCAAGGUCAAAUAUUGAAUCAUCUGAAAAAAUUAUCACUUCCAAGCUCAACUUGGUUGAUCUUGCUGGUUCAGAGCGGUUAUCGAAAACUGAAACCAAGGGGAAAUCGCUCAAGGAAGCAACAUAUAUUAAUCGAUCUUUGACGUAUCUUGAGCAAGUCAUCAUUGCUCUGGCAGAUAGAAAACGAGAUCAUAUUCCAUUUAGACAAUCAAAAAUGACACACGUGUUGAGGGACUCGCUUGGUGGAAACUGCAACACUCUCAUGAUUGCCAAUAUUUGGGGAGAAAAGGAACACAUUGAAGAAACAAUAUCUACAUUGCGAUUUGCUACAAGAAUGAUGUGCGUAUCCACCACUCCUGAAAUCAACGUCCAUUACGACCCGCAAGCUUUAAUUAAAAAAUACGAGCGUGAAGUCAAGGAACUUAAACAAGAGCUAUCUAUGCAUGAUACUCUAUGCAACAGAAGCCAUGUGCAGUAUGAACCAUUUAGCGAAGCCCAGCGACACGAACUGAGUAAACUUGUCAAGGCAUAUAUAGAUAAUGAAGCAGAUGAGAUCGAGAUUGUUAAUUUAAGACAAAUUAGAGAAAUACUUUCAAUUUUCAGACUAAUGUAUAGAAAUAUGGAGGCAGAAAUGGACGAUGCAGUACAGCGUACUCAUAAACAGACUACAUUCAAUGUGACAAAUGUUCGUGAUCCGGCUGGAGAACAACACUCGGAUGUUGGUGGAGGAGCAGGACGAAAACAGGGUGUGUAUGAGCCAGAUCGUGACGAUGGCGUCGGUGAGAUAGAGAGUUCUGGAUUUGGUAUUGGUUUAGCACCAUCGGGUACAAAGCAUCUACCUGGUUCUGGUAGCGCCGCACUGCUUAGAAGUGGCCAGCCACUAAACCCUCAAUCUCGUCUAGCAGGCACAGUAACAGCCAAGCGCGAUCGUAAAGCAACAAUGCUGUCAGUGGGAAAUCGUGAUACAGACGAAAUAGCUCAAGAUGUGCUUCCAAUAUCGGAAGAUGUAGAGUGCAAUCCACGGCAAGAUGAGAGUAUCAUUAAUUUUGAAUCUGGUCAAGGAGCCAAUAUAGGAGUUGGAAGUGUUGUUACCGAUAGCGGGGGUAUUGUUCGUGAUCGUAGAUAUGGUAGCACUCCACUUUCACGAGCUGAUGAAUUUGAAUCAUUUAAGCGUGGACGAGGAUUAGAGAUGAAUCAUAUUUUGACAGACAACAAGCUUGCACUCAAGGAGAAACGGCGUAUGGCAAAGGAGCUGGCCGAAUCUGCAAACCAAAUCAAGCGUAAAAUAGAUGAAAUCAAAGAACAUCUAGAACAAAAGAAAGAUGCUCAUGUUAGAGAUGGAGAGGAUAUUAUCAUUGACGAAGAUGAAUAUACUCUGACGAAUACUUUGAAGCGAUUCAAAGAGCAAUACAAGGAGAAAUUUGACAGUCUUCGAGUUACUCGCACAGAAGUAGAAUACUGUACUAGAAUGACAGAUCAAAGUCGACAAAAACUCAUGACAGAAUUUGAGCAAUGGUAUGAGUCGAUAUAUGGCGCGCAGAUUACAGAAAAUGGAAAUGGCGGAGUCGAGGAUGCUCUUGAUAUUGGAGAAAAGUUUGAUCGAUUGCAACUGGAACGUAUGUCACAGGAAGAUCCUGAUUCGUUGCCUUAUUAUAAUGCUCUUAAAAACACUGAACGACGUAGUCAAAAAGGAGCGAUAAAGCGCAACACCAACAACGCAUUAUCGCCCAUUGUAGGAAUGCGAAGUGGUGGAAUGUUGCUUAAACAACUUCCGCCGGUAGGCAUACGCUCGUCAGCCAACAGUACGCUCAUGAUUAGAAAAAGUUGAUUUUCAAGCUGUGAAAGCAACGAUUAGAUAAUAAAACUUGGGAUUAGAUUU